UUCAGGCUUUGGGUAAACUACCCCUUCCGCAGCCAAAAUCCAAGUCCGAACAUUGGCGGAGUUCACAACAAAACCCUUAAAACCCCACAUCGAAAUCGUGGUAAAGUUCAAAUCUUCGGUACCACAUUUCCAACAAGAAGGCGAUGGUUUUGAAGUCAAUGGUUGCUUCAGCGAGCGAUCUAAGUGUGGUGAGUGUUGCAGGGAACCCUCCCCUCCAUUUCAACAAUCGGGUUUUCGGCGGUGGCCAAGUCACUAGCCUCGGUUUUCGUUUCAACAGAGAGAAAUGGAAAGGAAACGAAAGGUUCAACUUGAAGGUUCGUGCAGCGGUGGAAGUGGGUGUGGAGGGGUCAAAUAAGGGAGAGGCUUUGGAGGGUGCUUUUGGGUUGGACGUGGUUUCCGAGGGAGAUUUAACGGUGAAGGGGUUUGCAGGGUUGAGGAAGACCAAGCUCGUUUGCACUAUUGGCCCUGCUUGCAGCUCAUUGGAGGAUCUCGAGCACUUGGCCUUGGGAGGCAUGAGCGUUGCCAGGCUCAACAUGUGCCAUGGCACUAGGGAGUGGCACCGUGACGUCAUUAGGAAGAUCAAGAAGCUGAAUGAGGAGAAAGGGUUCUCUGUUUCUCUGAUGAUUGACACUGAGGGUAGUCAGGUUCAUGUUGUUGAUCAUGGAGCUCCUUCCUCGGUUAAAGUAGAGGAAGGUUCGAUUUGGCAAUUUACUGCUGAGCAUUUUGAGGGUUCUCGCCCAUUCACUGUUCAAACAAACAACAGAGGUUUUUCUGAAGGUAUUGAAGUGGGUGAUGAACUUGUUAUUGAUGGUGGAAUGGCAUGCUUUGAAGUCACUGAAAAGACUGGUAAUGAUUUGCAUUGUAAGUGCAUAGAUGCUGGUCUUUUCCUGCCUGGAGCGAAAUUUAGUUUCUGGAGAGAGGGAAAGCUUGUAAGGGGGAAAAACAAGCUUCCUACUCUAUCAACUAAGGAUUGGGCUGACAUUGAUUUUGGUAUAGCUGAGGGAGUCGAUUUUUUUGCCUUAUCCUUUGUCAAUCACGCUGAUUCUGUAAAGGAUCUAAAGAAGUACCUCUCUACGAAGUCAACCAAAUCCAUUAAAGUUUUGGCAAAGAUAGAAAGUUUAGAAUCCCUUCAUAAACUAGAGGAAAUAGUGCGAGCUUCUGAUGGAAUCAUGGUGGCUCGAGGUGACCUAGGGGUCGAAAUACCACUUGAACAGAUUCCUACAGUCCAAGAGGAUAUAAUUUACGUAUGCAGACAACUAAACAAGCCAGUAAUUGUUGCUUCUCAGCUCCUUGAGUCAAUGGUUGAGUAUCCAACACCAACACGCGCUGAGGUAGCAGAUGUUUCUGAGGCAGUUCGGCAGUAUGCUGAUGCUUUGAUGUUGUCUGGUGAGUCUGCUAUUGGAUCAUAUGGACGCAAAGCUUUGGCAGUCUUGGAUAUGACUAGCAGUAGAAUGGAAUCAUGGAGUCGGGAGGAAAACAGACAAAGUCUUCUCAACCACCAUCAACUUGGAGCAUCAUUGCCCGAAUGCAUCACUGAGCAAAUAUGCAAUUGUGCUGUUGAUAUGGCCAACAACCUUGGUGUGGAUGCCAUCUUUGUGUACACAAAGCAUGGACACAUGGCAUCACUUCUAUCGCGCAACCGCCCGAAUCCUCCUAUCUUUGCUUUCACCAAUGAUGAGAGUACUCGCAUGGCUCUGAAUUUGCAAUGGGGUGUUGUACCCCUUCUUGUUGAUUUGUCAGAUGAUGCUGAAUCUAACAUCUCAAAGUCUGUCCAACUUAUGAAAUCUAAAGGAUUGAUCAGCCAAGGGGAUGUUGUUCUAGUUGUCUCAGAUGUUGCUCCCACACGCUCCACUCCUACGGCUUUCCAGUCAAUUCAGGUGAAGACUGUUAUCUAAAACGCAAGGUUGCAAAAAUUUGAAUGACACGUGUCUCUGUAUUUUCUAAGCUUGGGAUAGGGCAAGUAAUAUUGUAUUGUGGAUUUCUUGUCCUUAUGUAAAACAACAAAGUUUAUAAAUACUCAUUUGUAGAACUCUAGCAAGUUCUGAAACCCAUUUCAAAAGAUGCUUGUGAAUUACACUUCGUGAAUUACCCAUUAUAA